CACAUUCUCCAUCAACAACCCUUUCUCUCUCUCUAAAAGAACUGUCAAACAAUGGCUUACAAGCCUCACUCAUUCCUCGCUCUCCUUCUCGUCUUCAACUUCGUGCUUGCCAUAGCAGUGCAGGCACGUGACGUCCCGACAAACUCCAAGACCACCGACGAGAAACUACAACCCGAAAUGUUCAUGCACCAUGACGGCAGUGUGCUCAUUCCUGGCAUUGGCCGUGUCAUGCUACCCCCCAAAUUCCAUCAAGGCUUCAAUCCGUUCACCUACAAUCCGGUAACUGGCAGCAGCGGAGGGAGUGGCGUCGGCAGCACUGGCUCCGGUGGUGGGACAGGCCGCAGCUACGUUCCAGGCGGGGACGAUACGUUUGUUCCCAACCCGGGUGUCGAGGUCCCAAUUCCCGGAGGUGGCGGCAACCUUCCUGCACCGGCUAGUCCUUGAGCUUGUUUAGCGUUUCUUCAUCGUUUUCGAAGAAAUUAGCUUGAACGUGUUAUUGUAAUGGAGUCUUUCACUACCGCUGUUGGUCAGUCUUUAUGAUUAUAUAUGCUUGGGCUGUAGAAUAAUUCUGUUUUUAUGAAUAAGAGUGGCUUUCUUAUAUUUUCUUUA